AUACUGAUGAAAUAAAUAUGGAAUGUAUUGAAAAUAAACUGGAGGAUGGAUAUAAUAACACGAAUAUAUGGGAUAAGGUGAAUGUAUCUUUAUCUAACUGUAAAUUAUCUGAAGGAGAAAAUGAAAAAAGAUCGGAGGAAAUUUAUUUAAAUAAUUUUGUUUCUGACAAAAAUGACAUGAAUAACACUUGGGAUAUAAACAACAUGAAUAAUAAUAUGAUGUAUUCAAAUAAUUUGGGAUCUGAGGAAAAGAAUUAUCUUGUACCUAAUGAAAAUCAUAAAAGAUGGACAGAUGAAUAUAAUAUAGAUGAAAUGUUUAUUAAAAAAAAUGAUAUUGAACAUAUAAACCCUGACAUAAUAAUAAACAAUUAUAAAAAUAAUAAUAUACAUAAGACAGCUGAAAAUAUAGGGAAUAUUAAAAGUAAUAAUAAUUAUAUAAAUGAUAGGGGUACAAUUAAUGGUGAUAAGUUAAAAAAACUUACAAAUGAGAAUAUAUAUCAUAAUGAAUAUAAUAAAAAUAAAAGCGAUGAUAAUACCAAGUAUAAAAAUAAUAGGAACUAUAGGAACAAAUAUAUGAAUAGGAAAAAUAAUAAAAAUAAAACUAAAAAUAAUGCUAAUAAUAAUAAAAGUGAAUGUAUAAAUGAUGGAACGCAUUGUUCCCUGUAUGAUAAUAUCAAUAGUUAUAAUAUAAAUAAUAAUAAUAAUAAUAAUGUUGAAAAUGUCACAAAUAUAUUUAAAAACACUCCAUUUUCUCAUAUUACUAUGAAUGAGAAUAAUAUCAGAGAAGAUACUUCUAAUAUUCCUGUUCAUACAAAUAAGUAUCUUUUAAUGCAAAAAAAUGUAAAUGACAUCAUUAAUUUUAAUAUAGCAAAAAAUAAUAGUACAAACGAAAGUAAUAUUCUAGUAGAUAAUAUGAAUGAUAAUUUAAAAGAAAAAAAUGAUAUGCCGGAUGAUAUAGAUAAAUUUCUUUUUAAUCAAAAUGAUAGCAUAUCAAUGGAUGGUACUAAAUAUAUCAUGAAUGAUUUAGAAAAAUGCAAAACAUGUAUGGAAGAUGAAAAAGAAAUAAAUGAUGUAAUUGAACAUAUAAGUGAAAAGGAAAAUAUUGAUACAAAAAAAAAAAAGUAUAGUAAUAAAAAAAAAAAUCAUUUACCUAAUUUGAAUAGUACAAUUCAUACCUUGAAAAAUAAUAUAUAUCAUAAUGUAGACCAAAAGGAUGAGGAAAAAUUGGGGUCUAAUAUAAUUAAUAAUACGAAUAGUGAUAUUAAUAAUAAUAAAAUGAAUGAAAAUGAAAAUGAAAAUGGUAAUGGUAACAGUAACGGUAAUGGUAAUGAUAAUGAUAAUGGUAAUGGAAAUAUUUUAGGUGUACAUAUUUCACAGAAUAAUAAUUUAAUAAAUAAUAUGAAUUCUAUUAUAUCAAAUGAGUACACAUAUAUGAAUGAACCGAAGGAUGAGAAUAAUAAUGUACCUUAUAAUUAUAAUGUGAGAAAUAUAGAGGAUAGUUCUUCUUGUAGGAAUAACAUAAAUAAUGUUAAUUUAUUUGGGAAUAAAACAUAUAUAAAUGUACCAAAUAAUAUUGUUACAAAAAUGUUUAAUGAUACAAAUAGGUCUACUGCUAAUAAUAGGAAUAAUAUGAAUAAUGUAUCUGAGAUAUAUGAAAAUACUCCAAGUUUAAACAAUUCCUUGGCUAUUACAAAAACGAAUAUGCAAGAUAGUAUAAAUAGUAAUAUGAACAUUAUACAUAAUAAUAAUAAUAAUAAUAAUAAUAAUAAUAAUAAUAAUAAUGGCGUAUAUUUUUUUAAUGGUGGAAAUAAUUGUGUUCAUGUCAAUUGUACAAAGAAUACAUCAAAUGAAAAAGAUGUUUUUAAUAGUAGCGUUUCAAAAAAAACAUUAAAUGAAAAUAUGAGUAUUGAGAGACCAGUUAUAUUAAAUAAUUCACAAAUGUUGGAAGCAUUUAUUCAAGGAAGAUUAUGUUUAAGUUGUGAUUCCUUAGAUCACCCUAUGCCAUUAUGUCCGAAUAAUUCUUUUGUAUGCCCUAAUUGUCAUAACGUUUCACAUAGAGGAAAUGAUUGUCCUAUGAAAUGUCGUUUUUGUUUAAAAUAUCACAUGGGUAUUUCUAUAAUGGACUGUUUAAAAAAAGCAAGGAUACAAACGGAGAAGAAUAAUUCUAAUUAUGAUAAGAAGGAUAAUCAUAAUAGUAGCUGUAGUACUAGUAAUAAUAAUAUGAAUAAAAUUAACAAAAAUUUAAAAAGUAAUGAUGAAAAAGUUAACAUAGGUCCCCGAUUUGAUAUUAGUACAAGGCCAGAUAAUUCAUAUGGUAGAAGUGUUUAUGUAUCUAACUUAAGUGAAGACAUUUCGAAUAUACAAUUAAGAGAUACUAUUAAUUUACAUCUAGAUAAUGGGUUUGUAGUAAAUAUUGACAGACAAGAUGGAUAUGCAUUUGUGGAGUUGUCAAAUUUAUAUUCUACAUUUCAAUUAGUGCAAAAAACUGUCAGUAUCAAUUUUAAGAAAUUAAAAAUCCAAUUCAAAAAAACUGGGCAGUUUUUAAUACCAGAUAAUCUUUCACAAAGUUUUGGAAAUAUGAAAAAUUUUAAUAUCAACAUUAAUAUGAAUAGUACGAAGAACCACAACAACAAUAAUAAUAAUUAUAAUAAUAAUUAUAAUAAUAAUUAUAAUAAUAAUUAUAACAAUAAUAAUAAUAAUAACAAUAAUAAUAACAAUAAUAAUAACAAUAAUAAUAACAAUAAUAAUAACAAUAAUAAUAACUGUAACAAUAAUAAUAAUAAUUAUAAUAUAGUCGAAUAUAACAAUAAAAAAACUUUAAUUGGACCCAGUAAUACACUUUCAAAAAAUAUACCAAAUCAUAUGAUAAAUAAAAGCUUGUCGAACAAAGGUACAACCUUUAUAAAUAUUCCCCCUAAUAGGAGGAGGCAAUAUAAUAAUAGAAGUGCGAACAAUAAGGGUAAUAUGGGAGCAAACAAACAAUACAAUAACAAGAAUAAUAAUAAUAAUAAUAAAAAGAAAACUAAUUCUAAUGUAAAUACUAAUCAUACUAAUAAAAGUAACCAAAUCAACAAUAUAAUUAAUAAUAAUAAUAUUAAUAAUAAUAAUAAUAUUAAUAUUAAUAAUAAUAAUAAUAUUAUUAAUAAUAUUAAUAGUAAUAAUAAUUUGAAUCAAUAUUGCAGUAAUAAUGUUAUGACUGUGGAAAAUUCUAACACAGGAAAAUUUACAAACACCCAUUUAUUUAAUGGAGAUACAUUCCUUGAAAAUAAAAAUAAAAAUAUUUACAAAUCUUUUCAUCCAAAAUAUUCAAAGAAUACACCGCAUUUAUUCAAUAAUCAACAAAAACUAUUCCAUGCAACAGAAUUACAAAAAGUACAUCAAAAUUCAAUCGAACCACGUGAAGAAGUCAAGAAAAAUGAGAUUAAGGAAAAUAUAAAAAAAAAUUUUGCUUGUAGCAAUUCAUUUGACAAUGAGAUCAAUAAAUAUCAUAUUCCCCAAAAGGAGAAUAACAAAAUGUUAACAGAAAAUAAUUACCAGAAAAAUAGGAAUUCAUACAAUGUUAAUACAAUAAUGUUAGAUCAAAAUAAAAAGUGUAAAGGUAAUAAUUUAUUUGGUUCUGUGGAAUAUAAGAUUAACAUGGAGAAUAAAAAUAAUUUUUCAAAUGAAUGUAAUAAUUCAUAUGAUCAUAAUUUUAUAUAUAAUUAUAAUUUUUCGAAUGAUAAUAAAUUACCAUAUAAAUGUAGUACCUCUAAUAAUUAUAAUUGUCCUAAUAAUAAUAAUUCUCAAAAUGAUUACAGCACAACUUAUAACCAUGGAUUUUCAAAGGUUAAUGAAAAUACUGAUAAUUCUUCUAGCGACAUUCCUUUUAGAAACCAUGAUAAGAAGAUAAUAAGUGAUUAUAUGAAUUCAAAUACGAACACAACAGCCUCAGGAUUUUGUCCAAACACUUUAUUUACAAGUAAUGACAUAAGUAAUAAUUUAAUGAAUCAAGAUGUUAAUAUAUAUAUGAAUAUAUCGAAUGAAGAAAAUCGACUAAUAAACAAAAAUAUGAGAAAUGAAACGAACAAAACUACUGCAACAAUUACUACAACUUCUGAUAAUAUCCUGAAUGCAUCUUUUUUUAAUACUAUGUUGUAUGUUAAGGAUGAUUAUGUUGAUAAAUGUGAUGAAGGAAAUAAUAGCACCAACUGGAUAGGAUAUCCUGAAAAUGCGAUAAAUAAUAAUAGUAAUAAUAAUAUAAAUAUAAUGAAUAGUAAGAAUAAUAUGGAUAAUAUGAACAAUAUUAUUUAUAAAAAUCCUGCAAGGAAUUAUAUGAAUAAUGAAAUUAUUGUUAAUACUUUAAAUACUUUUCCUCAUGAGAAUAAAAACAUAUCUCCAAAAUAUAUAAACGAAAAAGAAAAUGAUGAAUUUGAAUAUAAUACUCAUUUGAAUAUUAAAAGUAUUUUAGAUGAUGCGAUAGAAAUUAAUCAGAACACAAUAGAUUAUGAUCAAUACAAUUAUUAUGAUAAUAUCACAAGUUUUAAUAAUAACGAUAAUAACAUUGACAAAUAUACAAUUCAAAAUGGUGUGGACCAAAAUACGGUUACGAAUUAUAAUACAUCAAAUUAUAAUAUACAGAUGAAAGAAGAAAAUAAUUAUAAAGAAAAUGAUUUAUUAUAUUAUAGUAAUUUUGAUAAAACAAAUAUUAAAAAUGAGGAACACAUAUAUAUAAAUAAAAAUAUUUGGAAGGAUAAAUUUGAUAAUUGUUAUAAUAUAUGUAAUGAUAUGUUUUUUGGAAAUAAUGACAUUUAUGACAUCUUUUCAAAUUUUAAUUCACUCAAAAUGUAUGAAAAUAAUAUAACAAAUGAUAAUAUUAUUGAAAAUAUAGGAAAGCAUGUAAAUAUUGAUAAUAUUAUGAAUGAAACUACUAUGGAUCAUAUAGAAAAUGACGGUACUAUAGAUCCUAUAGAAAAUGAUGUUACUAUUGAUCAUACGGAUAAUAAUGGCGAAGAUAAUAAUAUCGCAUAUAAUGACACGCAUAUUUUCAACAAUAAUAUAAGAUUCAAUAAUACAAGAUUAAAUAAUGACACAUUCCAAAAUGUAGAAGAUUGGAAUAAAAACAAAUUAUCUGAUAUAUUGAAAAACAAUGAGAAUAUAAUGUUUGAUGAUAAUAAAGAUAUGGCAAAUGAAAAUGAACAAAAUAAAAAGGACAUAGAGGAUCAUGAAAUUUUAAAUAUUCCUUAUAUGAAAAAUAUGAAGGAUAAAGAAUUGGACGCAAUCGAGCAGGAUUUAGAAAGACACAUCAAAGCGUUAUGGAAUAUAAGAAAAAUUAAGAUAGUCAAAUCUUAUGAUGUUCAAAAAUGA